UACUCGUAAUGUACAGUUUGUCAUUGAUUGGAAUUAAAAUAUUACUUAAAAUAUUACUAGAAGUUUCUAUAAUUCAGGCAAUCGUUGUAGAACGAAAUUAUUAUUACUACUACAAAUUGCCGGUAAACCUGGCAUUAACUAAUAAUCUGGAUAAUGCAACUCAAGCUUAUUUUAUAUUACAAUGUCCGAAAUAUCCGACGAAUGAUAUACCAACACCAAAAGAUAUGAAAAUUUGUGCAAUUGUAGGAAAAUAUUUAGGAAAAGAUGCAUUUGGUUAUGAGAAAAUAACAAGUGUUUUAUAUACUAAAGUGGAUUAUAAGCUUAAGCCAAAUAAUAAUACCCAAAAGGAUUAUCAAAGUAAUCGUUUGCCAUAUGCAAUAGUAAUUCAACCUAUUAAAUUGGCUAAAUUGUAUAAAGAAAGGCAAAAGAAUCAAACUAGAUCAGCAAAUUUUGAUGACAUUACAGUGCCAAAAGAACCAAGUAAAUCAUCAUAUGUUGAUGCAUAUAUUAAAGAUGGUGGUACACCAUUAUUAAGAGAUUUAACUCAAACAGUAGAUAAAAGUUUUUUAUCUCAAAUAUCCGAUGAAGAUAUGUUAAGUGAAAUAAAUCAGACUCGUGGCAAAGAUACAUCCUUAAAACAAAUACCACUUGAUAAAAAUUUGGAAGAUGUUUUGCCGGUGUCACCACUUAAAUAUCUCAGUGUACAAGAUGUGAUACAAAAAUUGUUCCAAAAUAAAAUUAAAAAAUAUCAAAUUGAUGAUUUAAAGAACAGCACUGCGAUCGAUAAUUUUUUCGAGAACCAUAAAAGCUACAAUAAAGGUGAAAAAUCAAAAGGUUUUCAAACCAUGUAUCACAGAGAUGAAGUAUUUAAUGAUCACAUCUUUUAUGAUGAUUUAACAGAAAAUGGAAAUUAUGAUUUAAAAGGACAAAAUCACGAAAGUUUGUAA